AUGGCCGCUCGGGCAGUUGUCGCUGCGGUGGCUCUGUUGCUAUGCAGCAUUUGGAGUGUUGCAGCAUCGCUAGCCUACGAUAUUCGUGAUGCAAAACUGACUGUGUCCUCUUUUGAUGGCGCGUCGCGCUUUCGCAAGAGCUUUGACGGUAAAGCCUCUGUGCCGACCACGCCCGAAUUGCUGACGCUGGAGGCUGACGAUGUCAUUAAGCUCUCUUUUUCUACCAUCUUGUCGACUGGAGAGAAGGCAACGGGUGACUUCCUUCCUCAUCAGGCCUGGGUGGUGAUCAGUGAUGUCACUGACAAAGAAAGCUCAGAUUCCGUAUGGCCACUGCGUGUGCGCGGCGCUACUGCGUCGGCAACUUGGAGUUUGCGUGUGGAUCGCAUGAGUGAAUCCCUGAAGCAAACCAUUGUGAAGCAGGGUGUGGAUCACCCGCUACGAAUGCAUUUGGUUCUUGCUUCGUUCCCGAGUAACUCGAACAGUGUGGUGGAGCCAUUGCAGCUGCUUCUCUUGGAUCUGCAAUUCACAAGUGCGAUCGCAUCGCGAUUCGCAUCGGCUCUGUCGAAUUCACUGCGCUCCAAAGCUGAACGUGAAGAUGGAUUCUAUCCCUGGCCUGCCAACCAACAUACGUUCCAGAUGGAGCCUUGGCAAUCCAUGCCUCCCAAGCUGGUUUCGCUUUUGGCAGCUUUUUUGGUACUGAGUUUGCCCUGGACUGUGCUUCUCACUAUUUGGCACCGGAUUGUGAAGAAUGUGAGAGCCCCCAAAACAAUGGUGGCUCUGUUUUUGGUAUCGGUGUAUGUCAUCGAGCUGGGUGCGGUGCUGCACUGGGUCGGAGUGACGCCAUGGGUAGUGUUCCCCGCUAUGGGCGCCGUGUCUAUUGGUGCUGUGUUGACUGGACGCGGUGCACUUACUCCCUUUUUGGCUCGCAAUGCUUAA